GGUGGGUAUUUCCCGCUGACGGAGUUUCCAUAUGACGUCAUGUGGCCAAGGUCCAAGACACCUCCCACACACUGAUAGUCUUCCUGCACAUGAUUGGUCAGAAGUCGUGUGAUCAGACUACAGGUAUCAGUAAUUUUUAGGCCAGGGACGACAUCAAGGCAGCGGGCGGAAGUUUCUUCUGUCCGCGGUCAAGAGUUGAGACACCGUCAACUGCUCGGUACAAGUGGAAGAAAAGUCUCUUUCCAAUCUCAGAUCAUCUCAGGUAGAAAGCAAGUGCUGUCCUGGCGUGAUACAGCACGCAAAACUUCACGGCCGGUGAGCCCAACAUUAUAAAGUACCAGGGUGGUCCCAUAACGCAGAAGGGCAAUGGUGAAACUACAAGAACUCCUUCUACAGCUGGCAGUUCUUAUCCUUGUUCCAAUACAUCACGUUUCCUCGCGAGCAACGUGCAAGUCGCCCAAGAGAUACCUGGACCAGCACCGCCAAUGCGUCAGGUGUCCAGCGGAACCGGAUUGUCCGGAGGGCUUAUUCAAGAGUAGGACAUGUGGGUAUGGUUUGCAGACGGAGUGUCUCCUGUGUCUAAACUGUACCCGCGUGUACAGAACGGAGUGGAAGCCGUGUACAGCUACCUCCCAGACAGCAUGUGGGGACUGCCUGUCAGGCUUCGUCGCAUUUAUGGGGAUGUGCGUCCGUGAAACAGCAUGGGAAAGUACAUCUUUUAGCCACAUGUGGACACGCGAGUCGUCCGUGGAAGAGGUAGUGACAACAGGUGCCAUGACAACAAGUACCUUCCGAACCACCGUCCUCCCAGAAGUGGCCCUGGCGGACGCCGCGACGCUGCACCUGCCGAUCUUCAUCGGUGUCCCAACCGCUGUUCUGUUCUUCUUUGUGGUGGGAUUUGCGAGUUUUCGCCUGCGGAAAGCGAGGAGCGCGAACAGAGCUACUGUGACGGAUUGUGAACGUUCACUUCGGGCCGACGACGCUCCUGGCUGUGGCAACAAUGAAAGGGCGUCCCCUACAGAUGGGCUUUCAACGGACUUCAUCCCCACUCUUAACGGGAAGCAGCUAAGUACAGACUCAGGCUGCGAUGUGUCGUGGUCUCAUCAGAAAAGCGGCUCAUUGGAUAGUGGCAACCCGCCAAGUCCCACAGAAAUUGUUCAGUCGCCGCUCCAUUUUGGUUAUACAGUAGAAGGGAGUAAUAACGUAUCUGAUAUCUCUGAAUUGCUUAGCAGGUCUAGCAAGAGCAAACUUUGGGUAGACAUUGCACAAGCUAGGCUUGGUGAGGAUGGUGGUUGUCUUCGGCUUCCUGCGUUGGGUGCUUACCUUUGCAUUGACAGCGUUGAAAGAGACACUGGCAUAGGGCUAGCUGUUCUCAACAGUCCCAGGUACCUGCCCCCGCUUGCAAAGGGCGAAUCGCUUGUCAGUCCCGUGAUUUCCUGCAGUCCACACGCCUCCUUCCGCAACCCAGCUUUGCUGAGCUUUCCACACUGUGGGGACGUGACGUCAAGUGACGUCACACUUGUUGUAAGUGAGACGUCUCUUGACGAAGCUCCAAAGUGGAGAGAAGUUAGUAUGGACGGAAGCUGCGGGGUUAGCUACAUGAUGAAAGGCGGUGAUCGCGAGUGCCUUGUGUAUACUUCCCAUUUCACCCUCUUUGGGUUGAAAGCAAAAGCCAAGCAAGUCAAGAUCAUGAUUUUUUCAAGGCUGGUGACAGACAGGUUUUUCGAAAUCCACGUGUUUUGUGUUAACGACACUCCCGAGUCGCUGAGUCUUGUUGAAAAACAGGAACGCGAAAAUGGCUUCCAUCCGACAUGUCCACAGAAAGAAAUGACUUUUCUGAGUAAUGAGAAAGAUGUCAAGGUUAAAAUGAGUUUAAAUUCAGCGGGCUGGGAGAUGCUAACACAGCACAAACAGGUGAUCGGUUACACGUCUGUUCAGCAGAACAGCAAUCCUCAAGGACAACACGUGACCUUUCACCUGCGUGCUGUCUCCGAGAACACCUGCGCCUCUGUCCACGUCGCCGCUUCGCAGAAAUCCAAUUCCUCCUCCGCUGAGUUCGAUUUCUCACUGAGUUUGGUGUCUAGUACUAGUGAGCAGGAUCACAGCUUUGACCGAACUCGGGGGGAAUUAUCCCCUUCGGUGAUGGACAGGUUCCUCUCAGUAGACCAGCCUCCCUCCCCUGCCACGUUCCUGUACUAUCUGACGGGGGGUAACUCGAAAUUCCAACCAAACGCUAUUCCACAGGACCUACAAGAAAAGCUCAUGCGUCUUGAUGUAAAAGUUGACACCGGCCACGACUUUAGGCAGUUUUCCCAGGAACUCGGAUUCGACUGUUCGGAGACGACUUUGUUAGAUCAAAGGUUUGACAGCCCUACGCACUGCCUCCUGAUGUACAUGGAACUGCGUGGACUGAAAAGACAACAAACGAGUAGCCAAAUCUUGGAAGAGCUUGCUCAGAUCCUUACCACUAUCGAGCGUUCUGAUUUAGCUUUACUUGUUGAGAGUAAGUUGAAAGAGCGACCCCAGUCGAUAGUAUCCAAUAGUACAGAUGACAGUGGGUUAGGGCCGCCCAGUCCCUCUACUGGUAGUCAGCUGUCUAUAGCUACCUCGAGCUCCGCAUCCGACAUAGCCUCUAGUACAUUCAGCAAAUCACAUCUUUUUGAUGAAGAAUCAGAAGCUAGCAGGUUGCUUGAAGGCAAUCACCAGAAUCUACCAAACACUGUAGUCUACCCAACCAAACAUCCCAAACAGGAUGAUAAGAAUAAGGUAGAGACAGAGGUGUGAUUAAAAACUGGUCAAAUGGAUGGUCGAAACAGCUUUUGUUAAGGAAUGUGUUUAAUUUUCAAGGAGACAAUCUAAAUGUACAUAUCUGUAAAGUUGUGGAAUAUUGUAUGUCCGAUGCCUUGAAGAGUGAUAUUCAAUUCCCUACGCAAGAAAAUAAAUGUGGUGACGAAGCUGAUGAUAUUUCUGUACGAAAUUUAACAUUACGGUACCAGUUUAUGUGUGAAAUUCUUAUAUUUUUUUAUCAGAAAUAAAAAUGUUACUGAAGAGAUUUUUUAUACAUAAUAAUCAUGAUAAUUAAGAUCUGGCGGUGGUGGAAUUUUGUAAAAAAAACUUGAAACUUCUUUAUUGUUGUCCAGUUAUGUGAUAUCAUCGUGUCGACAACUAAGCAUCAAACUUAGGCUAAUAAUUUUUGUGUACUUAUUUAGUGUUGAAAUAUAUGUAACAAGAUAUAACAUUGUACUUUAAUAAGCACGGUCUGAAAUUAAGUACAUUUGGUGAAAGCCACGUAAACUUUAAGGUGGAUGUUAUGCAUGUAUACAGUAUGUUAUGCGUUCUAGAUACUUUAAAGUUGGCUCUUUUAUGUUUUUUUUAUUGAGCCUGAAAUUUAUAAGAUAUUUAGUAUUGAGAUAUUAUAGCAUUUCAUAUUAUCCUAAUAUCUUACACAUGUUAUCAAGAGAUGUUUGAAUGCACAUAUAUACAUAUAGCAAUAGCACGGAAAUAAAAGUUUAUUGCAUUUG